AGAAAACUUGCCCCCUUUGUGAUUGGAUCGCUGGCCUUUUCACUACGAAAACAACUACAAGCAACAAUGCCAGUGCACUCGAGAGAAAAGAAAGAGAACAACCAUGAGGAGAUGGAGGUGGACUAUCCGGAGCAGGAGGGCAGCAGUUCAGACGAAGAGGACUCGGAGACCUCAUCAGUGUCAGAGGAUGGAGACAGCUCGGAGAUGGACGAUGAAGAUUGCGAGCGCAGAAGAGUGGAAUGCCUGGAUGAGAUGACCAAUCUCGAGAAGCAGUUCAGCGACCUGAAAGACCAAUUGUACAAGGAAAGGUUGAGUCAAGUGGAUGCCAAAUUACAGGAGGUGUUGUCGGGCAAAGCUCCAGAAUACCUUGAGCCACUUGCUGCUUUGCAAGAGAACAUGCAGAUCAGAAUGAAAGUUGCUGGGAUCUAUAAGGAGCUGUGUUUGGACUCUGUAAAGAAUAAGUAUGAGUGUGAAACACAAGCUGCCUACCAGCACUGGGAGAGCGAGAAGCUCCUCCUGCUGGACACGGUUCAGAGUGAGCUAGAGGAGAAGAUUCGGCGGCUCGAGGAAGACCGACACAGCAUCGACAUCACCUCAGAACUGUGGAAUGAUGAGCUUCAGUCCAGAAGGAGUAAGAGGAGAGACCCCUUCAGUCCCGACAAGAAGAGGAAGCCUGUGGUCGUCUCCGGACCAUAUAUUGUGUACAUGCUGCAAGAUUUAGACAUUUUGGAGGAUUGGACAGCAAUCAGAAAGGCUAUGGCUACACUUGGCCCUCACAGAGUCAAGGCUGAUGUGCCCUUGGUCAAGCCUGAGAAGCUUCAUCAGCAACCGCACCACACGGCCAGGUCGGAGGAUGGACGUUUGUAUUACGACGGGGAGUGGUAUUGUCGAGGCCAGAGCAUAUGCAUUGAUAAGAAGGACGAGUAUCCUACAAGUGCCAUAAUCACCACCAUUAACCAUGACGAGGUGUGGUUCAAGCGCCUGGAUGGCAGUAAGUCCAAGCUGUACAUUUCCCAGUUGCAGAAAGGCAGAUAUACCAUCAAACACUCAUAGAUAUCCAAGGAGUCUUCUAUCCAGCAAUCUCUCUACUUCACUGCCAUCUCUGACGCCAGCCUGGGAGAACUCUGCACGACUUCAACAGAGGACUGCCAAACAGUGUUUUCAUUCCGGCCCUUUCUAUGUCCAGCCUAUCAUGUAUUAAGACUUUAGUGGGUUUACUGUGAGAACUUUUAUGUAUAUUUUUUUAUUCAAGAGCUAAAUGAGAUGGGUUGGUGACACUGCCAAAAAAAAUCAUUUUUUUUUACUUCACAGUAUAAGGAACAAAAGGAGUAUGAGUGUGAGGAACGGUUGAAAUGUUUGCAUGCUCCGUAGUACUGUAAGGUAUUUUCUGCCUUCUACAAGCAACUGUUUACUCUGACAAUUUACCACAGUUUACAGAAAAACUGUACUACCAACCAUGAUGUAUUAAUAUGUCUGACUUAUUUUUAAGCUCUUGUGUUUCUGUAUGUUUCAUGAAGUCUCAUGGUACCGUAGUGUGGAUGGAUAUUUGUAUAUGUUUAUUUGUGUGGUCAUAUAUGAACUGAACUUCUUUCCCAUCUCCCCACACCUUCACUUUCACCUCACUUCCGUAUUUUAAAUUUUGUAUUCUCCAUACAGCCUGUCUGGCAUAUAUAAUGUGUGGAUUCACACAAAUCUUUGAAUACAAAUGAAAUGUUUUUGUUUCAUUCAUACUGUACAGAAGUGAUGCCUUAAACCGAUGCAUUUUUAAAUAUGUAGUCAAUUAGUGUGUCAAAUAAUAUUAGUUUGGUCGUAAGGAAGUGAUUGCCAAGGAGAAAUGUCUCCCUCCCCUGUUCAUUUUUUGAGCUCACAAGUGUACGUACAUUUUGUUAUAUUGUGCCAGCUCGACUUUAUUUUCCUGCCAGAUUUACCUCUGUAUCUUGUAUCUUGGUUAGUUAACUGUGUAGCAGUUUUUUUUAUUAUUAUUAUUAUUCUGGUUAUCAGUAUGUCAGACCAGAAGUUUCCUAUACCUGUAUAUUCUCGGUAAACAUAUUUCUGCUUGUAAAAGUGAAAAAGGAAAUAAAGUCUGAUUAGAGAAAAACAG